CGACCCCUCUCUUUGUUUCAGGUCCUUAUCCUCUGGCUGGUGUUCCCCCUGUAGUGUGGAGGGGGAUGGAGCGUGGCGGAGGAGAGAGCCCUCGUUUACGGGAGAGCCCCGAGCGACGUGGGAGCAGCAGUCCUGAUAUCGGCGGCCCCCCACCAAAGAUGGGGCGUCUGGAGCUCAACGGCAGUCCCACAGGUCACCGCAGCCGCCACAAUGGGGCCCCACAGAGACCUCUCAGUGGUCUGAUGAUUCCAGUCUUCUGUGUGGUGGAGCAGGUGGAUGGAGGGAUGAUAUCAGAUGGAGAGAGCCGGGAGGAACAUGCCGAGUUCGUGCUGGUCAGGAAAGACAUCCUCUUCACUCAGCUGGUUGAGACUGCACUUCUCGCCCUUGGAUACUCCCACAGUUCUGCAGCCCAGGCACAUGGCAUCAUUAAGGUGGGCCGCUGGAACCCCCUGCCCAUCCAUUACCUGACAGAUGCUCCAGAGGCAACGGUUGCUGAUAUGUUGCUGGACGUUUACCACAUGGUCACGCUACGCAUCCAGCUACAGAACUUUGCAAAACUGGAGGACCUUCCAUCAGAGCAGUGGAAUCACGCUACAGUACGCAACGCCCUCAAAGAACUGCUCAAAGAGAUGAACCAGAGCACUCUGGCCAAAGAAUGUCCACUCUCCCAGAGUAUGAUCUCCUCGAUAGUGAAUAGCUCCUACUAUGCUAACGUCUCAACUGCCAAGUGCCAAGAGUUUGGUCGCUGGUACAAGAAGUACAAAAAAGUUAAAGGGGACUAUUUGUGGCAAGGACGGGAGAGCUCAGAAAUCAAGGUUGAAAGGGACAGCCUCACGGACUUCUGUGUAUUAGCCCAGCGUCCGCCCCCUCACCUGACUGGUCUGUCGCAGCUUGGUCCGUUGAACAGUGGCAGCUCUCUGGUGAAAGGCGGAUCUGGAGAGCAUCAGAAUUCAGCCCAGUCUCAGCCUCCAUCUCAAGGGCAGCCGCAAACUCCAUCAUCUCAUGGACAGCUCCAUCAUAGUCCUCCGCUAAGAGCUCAGGUGCCUCCUCCGCCAACCGCCCUGCAACCUCUUUUGGCACCCGGAGGACUUCUCUCACCCCAGCUUAGUCCACAGCUGGUGAGGCAGCAGUUAGCCAUGGCUCAUCUUAUCAACCAGCAGCUGGCCGUCAGCCGCCUUCUGCAUCAGCACCCACAGGCUCUUAACCAGCAGUUUCUCAAUCACCCACCCAUCCCACGGCCUAGCAAGUCCGGUUGUCCUGGAGAACCCGGGUCCAACCCCUCGGCUGCAGAAGUCUCCUCUGAUAUCUACCAGCAGGUGCGAGAUGAGCUGAAAAGAGCCAGUGUCUCACAGGCAGUGUUCGCUCGAGUUGCCUUCAACCGUACACAGGGCCUGUUAUCGGAGAUCUUGCGAAAAGAAGAGGACCCACGCUCAGCCUCUCAGUCCUUGCUAGUGAACCUCAAAGCGAUGCAGAACUUCCUGAACUUACCUGAGAGUGAGAGGGACCGAAUUUACCAGGAAGAGCGAGAGCGCAGCAUGAAUCCCCCUGUGAGUCUGCCCCCAAGCACAAACCCCAGUCCUGGCGGCGCCCGCCUUUCUCAGAAACUGUGGGAGCGCAGCAUCGAUGAACAGUUAACUCCUGACGCAUGGGCAUCUAUUUGGAAGAAUAAGACCAAAAUCACAAACUCGUCUAAAACUUCUGGUCCUAACCCUGACAUUCCUCUGAAACUGGAGCCACUGGUUAACAUCACCUCAGCCAUUUAUGAUGAAAUCCAGCAGGAGAUGAAACGGGCAAAAGUGUCUCAGGCACUUUUUGCCAAGGUGGCAGCCAACAAGAGCCAAGGAUGGCUGUGCGAGCUGCUUCGCUGGAAAGAGAGUCCCAGCCCCGAGAACAGGACUCUCUGGGAGAACCUGUGUACCAUCCGGAGGUUUCUGAGCCUUCCACAGGCGGACAGGGAUCUGGUGUAUGAGGAAGAGUCCCGCCAUCACCACAGUGAACGGAUGCACACUGUACUACACUUGCCCACUGACCCUCAGGCACUUCACAGACAGCCCAUACAGCCACUGAAGGAACACUCUCCAAUUCGAGAAGAACCUGUUCCCAGUUCUGGAGCUGAAGAGAACCCCCAGGCUAACGCAGGUUCAGGCAACAGCGGAGGGGUCAGCAAUGUCACAAAAAAACCUCGCUCUCGCACCAAAAUCUCUCUGGAGGCUCUAGGUAUCUUACAGAGCUUCAUCCAAGAUGUGGGCCUCUAUCCUGACCAGGAAGCAAUCCACACCCUUUCAGCCCAAUUAGAUCUGCCCAAACACACCAUUGUUAAAUUCUUCCAGAACCGCGUUAUCACGUGAAGCAUCAUGGUCGACUGAAGGAGCUUGGAUCUGAGGGUGGUGGUGUAGACGUAGCCGAAUAUCGUGAUGAGGAACUGUUGUCCAGUUCGGAGGAAGCAG